AUGUCGGCCGCGGCUACGUCAGCCUGCCCAGAUCUCGCUGACCGCAAUGGCCAGCGAGGCUCUGAGAUUGGGGGCGUGACAGCAUCCAGUCAGCCAACCUUGCAACCCGCCGCCACCGCCUCAACCGUCCACUCGAACGCGAGCGCGACUGCCACGGCCUCGAUAGCAGCCUCCACCUUCCACCCUGUCCCCCCGUCAUUCGUCACUGCCCCUCCACAGAUUGACCCGGCCCUUCCCAGAGGUCCUCACGGCGAGUCCAUUCCAACCGGGCACAGGUCAAAUGAUACGCAGCAAACCUGCGUAGGCUGUGUAGCAGACCGCAUCAUCCACUCAACGCGCUGCGAGGCGGCCGCGUCACGCGAUUGGUGCCGGAGGUAUUGCGACUACCGCUGCGGCAACACAGCUCGGGAGGCCAUGGCUCAUCUCAGUGAAGAUCGCCAGCGCCUCGCCAGUAUCGAACGCGUUCUCGGCGUGGGCGAUUCGGCGUGGGACAUCAAAUCGCUCGAGACUCUGCAGAAUGUACGCGACCAGAGCUCUCUUGCCAGCGCGACGUUCACGGUGAUGGGCCUACUUGUAGCACGGGUCGACGCUUUGGAGCGAGAGAGGGUCAAGAAUGAACAGGAGAAGCUCGCCACGGCCUGCUGGCAAGCGGAUCGCGAUGGCCGUCUGCAGGACAUUACAGAGAUGCUCAGCGCUACUCGCGAGGAGCUGAAGCAGACGCGUGACAAGGUGGAACAGCUGGAACGCCGAGGUCAGGAGCUGCAGUCGCGUAUGGAGGGCAGCUUUGUGCCGCAGCAAGAGCAACGGGCUGGGCAGGUCAACCCCACGCCACCGUCGUCAGCGAACUCCGAGAUGCGACGCGGAGGCACUCAACACAACGAAGCCUCGCAAUCGUGGGCCCAGGGCCCGAGGGAUGGAGAGAUCGCAAGCAACGGAGAGACUGCCGCAGCCGUCUCGGGCGCUGACGAAUCCGGCUCGGCUAAGCGCAAGCGCGAUGACGACGACGCCAGUGAGACAGACCAAAGUGGCUCUUCUAAGAAGGUCGCGAAGGACGCAGCCUCCUCGCCUGAUUGCAAUUUCACCAUCACUCCGUUUGGCCGCAGUCCAACCAGUGUGACCCCUCGCUCUGCCGGACGAGCAUCGGCUAAAGUCGACGGCACCGCGCCUCGCCGCUCCACCAUCAACCUCGCCUCGACAUCAACCUCUUCUUCGACGCUGCUCACGGUCGACGAGGCAGCGUCUCAGCUUUCGCGCCUUUCUGAGCAACUCCGCACGCCAUCUUCCUUCCUUCGCCAUACACAAGUCAGCGGUGAGACCAGCCCUCAGGGUCACGGGCAGCAAGACACGCUUGGCCGAGCCGCCUCAGUGCCCGCCGAUCGACCUUGGUGCAGGGUCAACACUGCCACCUCUGGCCCGGGCAAGGCAGCAACGGCGCCCGUGACCCUCAGCGAUGCUCCCGCGUCAAGUUCGUCUCCCACGAGUGUCGCAAUCGCGGAGUCGGCGAUCAGAGCGGCACGCAAGCAGCUAGAGGUUGGCCAGACGGGUGAGUUUCAGCAAGAACAAGGAGAAGGGCAACCAUCAUCCGACAGGGGAUACCAUGUGAGCAUCAAAGGUACCUCGGAGGGCAACGGAGAGACUUGUCGCGCAGAAGCUGCAAAGGAGGCGUCCUACUAGCAAGGUGUCUCCGACGAACCGGCGGAAGACAGUCAGGAGCAGCACAGCCUAAGACGAGCUGUACAAGCAAAGCACAGAAGAGAAGAAUGACUCCUGCAGACCACGACGACAUUCCUCUAUCAAGUCACUCAACGUCAAAUCCAGUCUCGUCAUUCCAACUUUCAGCUUCGAGCGACGCCAAGGGUCUGCUGGCCAGCGAGCAGGCUGGAGAGCCAGCGUCAUCACACUAGACGUGGCAUCCUUUCCUUCCUGUGUUCUUGGCAUAUCAUGGUCUUCGAGAGAUGCUCUCCCUCGCUGCCGGGCUGUGAUCUUUCUCUUUCCUGCCACCGUCCUGAUCAGCCCAGAAGAAGUACCCCUCGAAAUCACAGACUCUAGUUGACUCCAACAGUCUGAGCGUGGAGUACUCUGACAAAAGGAAGAACGCACGGCGUCGUACGAUG